GGCGUCGGCGAAGGCCAGGCGGCUGAGGUGGCUGAGGUGGCCGCUGUGGCUCAGGCGGCGGGCGCGGCCGGGAUGGCGAAGAGCAGCGGAGAGAAUGGGCCGCGCGCGCCCGCGGCCGGUGGGAGCUUGUCCGGGACCCGGGAGAGUCUGGCCCAGGGCCCCGACGCCGCAACCGCUGACGAGCUCAGCUCUCUCGGCUCGGACUCGGAGGCCAACGGCUUCGCAGAGCGCCGCAUCGACAAGUUCGGCUUCAUCGUGGGCUCACAGGGCGCCGAGGGCGCGCUGGAGGAAGUCCCCCUGGAGGUGCUGAGGCAGAGGGAGUCCAAGUGGCUGGAUAUGCUCAACAACUGGGACAAAUGGAUGGCCAAGAAACACAAAAAGAUCCGUCUGCGGUGUCAGAAAGGCAUCCCACCUUCUCUGCGGGGCCGUGCUUGGCAGUACCUGUCGGGAGGCAAGGUGAAGCUGCAGCAGAACCCUGGAAAAUUUGACGAGCUGGACACAUCUCCUGGGGAUCCUAAAUGGCUGGAUGUGAUUGAGCGUGACCUGCACCGACAGUUCCCUUUCCACGAGAUGUUUGUGUCCCGAGGGGGCCAUGGCCAGCAGGACCUCUUUCGUGUGCUAAAGGCCUACACGCUGUACCGACCUGAGGAGGGCUACUGCCAGGCCCAGGCACCCAUUGCUGCUGUUCUACUCAUGCACAUGCCUGCUGAGCAAGCCUUCUGGUGUCUGGUACAGAUCUGUGAGAAGUACCUGCCUGGCUACUACAGUGAGAAAUUGGAAGCAAUCCAACUGGAUGGCGAGAUCCUCUUCUCAUUACUGCAGAAGGUGUCACCUGUGGCCCACAAGCACCUCAGCCGGCAGAAGAUUGACCCACUGCUCUAUAUGACAGAGUGGUUCAUGUGUGCCUUUGCCCGCACCCUGCCCUGGAGCUCUGUGCUACGUGUCUGGGACAUGUUCUUCUGUGAGGGAGUCAAGAUCAUCUUCCGGGUGGGGCUGGUGCUGCUGAAGCAUGCACUGGGCUCUGCAGAGAAGCUCAAAGCCUGCCAGGGCCAGUACGAGACCAUCGAGCAACUGCGGAGCCUCAGCCCCAAGAUCAUGCAGGAAGCCUUUCUGGUUCAGGAGGUGGUAGAGUUGCCUGUGACAGAGCGCCAGAUUGAGCGUGAGCACCUCAUCCAGCUGCGGCGCUGGCAAGAGACACGGGGUGAGCUGCAGUGUCGCUCCCCACCCAGGUUGCAUGGUGCCAAGGCCAUUCUAGAUGCAGAGCCUGGCCCCCGGCUUGCCCUGCAACCUUCACCAUCCAUCCGCCUACCCCCAGAUGCACCCCUCCCUGCCUCCAAAGCCAAGCCCAAGCCUCCCAAGCAGGUCCAGAAGGAGCAGCAGAAGCAGACAAAAGCAAGUGGGCAACUGGACAAGUCCCUGGCCCCCAGUCAAGCCACAGUAGUGACGGCUGCAGGAGAUGCACAUCUCUCACAGGAUGUGCCCUCGAAGGACCUGGCUUCCCAGGACCCAGCCCCCCAGGACUCAGCACCCCAGAACUUAGCUCAUCACCGUUCCCAAGAGAGUCUGACAUCCCAGGAGAGUGAAGACACGUACUUGUAACCCUGGCAGCUCAGGCCUCCAGGGCGGGGUCUCCACACACCUAUAUGGUUCGAAGACUGACACUCCAGGUCCUGCUCACCAAGGGCCCCACUGCUUGGCCACUGGGCUGGGAAGAGUCUGGCUGGCCCAGCACAGAUUCUGCCUGAGUCUCCUUAUUUAUUUUCUCUAGAGUGGAGCUCAGGCUGGCCGGGCCAGGACAGACAAGCUAGGGCCAAGUGGGUGGGGUCUCAUUCAGUCCCUCCUCCUGGGUGAUGCUCCCAGGACUAGGGUGCUGGCGUGAGUAGAGAGGGUGGGGUGCCCUUUGUGUAAAAUAGAAAUGUGGUUUUGUACAGAAAUAAAAAGGCUUGUGUAGAGA